UGAUGGCAUCCCUGACUCUGGCUUUUUGUCUUUCUUUUCUCCUCACAUGGAAGAUGGUUCCUGGUCAGAAACUGUCUUCAUCUGAUCGUCAGGAGAGAAGUUUUGUCUCGGCUCAUGCUGGAGAAGAUUUGACGUUGAGUUGCUUCUGUGGCACUGAAAUUCCUGGGAGUGUUUACUGGUACAAGCAAACUCUGGGACAGAGACCCAAGCUGAUCUUCACCUUUCCUACAGGUGGUCAGAACUUGUUUCAUGAUGAGAUCGAGAACUUUCCACGCUUCAAAAUGGAGGAAAGAGAUGGCAAGGCUCUUCUGACAAUCACAGAUUUGCAUACUUCAGAUUCGGCUAUAUACCACUGUAUAUUCUAUUCCUAUCGAACACCUAUUUUUUCAGAGAGUGUCACAGUCAGUGUGAAAGGAUUUGGUUCAAACGCCACUUUGAUCAAUCAGCCAGUAUCUGACGGUAUUCAGCCAGGAGGCUUUGCUACUCUGAGCUGUACUGUACACCCUGGGAGCUGUGAUGGAGAGCACAGUGUUUACUGGUAUAAAAAGUCGGAGGAAUCUCUUCCAGUUCUCUUUUAUACCCACGGUGGCAUGAAUGACCAGUGUGACUCCCAAAGUAACACCUGUUUCUAUGAACUGCCGAUGGAAAACCUGACUCAGGCUGAUGCUGGGAUGUAUUACUGUGCAGUCGCCUCAUGUGGACAGGUCCUGUUUGGAAACGGGACCAAGCUUGACUUUCCAGACAAGGUGAAUCCUUGGGUGUUGGUGCAUUUGUUGAGUUGGGCGUUGCUAUUCACAAUGAUCUUCAGUAUUUUCUUGGCUUUCUCACUGUACAAUAUAACCAAGAAAAACAGCUGCCACUCUUCAGGAACAACUGAGGGUUUCCAAGAACCAAACAGUCUUCACUAUGCUGCUUUAAGUCUUAAAAAGACCAACAGACCAAGAAGACACGGAAAUGCUUCCAACGAUGAAUGUGUUUACUCCAAUGCAUAG